AUGGAAGCACGAAGAAAGCGUUUGCGCGGCUGCCGACGACUGUCAAGCCCAUCAAGUACACGGUCGACUACGACGUGAUUGACCUAGACCGCUUUCGCUUUGAAGGCACGGAGCGCGUCGACGUUUCCAUCGUUGAAGCCACGUCCACGAUCACGUGCCACGCGGUCGAACUGUGGGUGCAUUCGGUGUCGCUGGCGAUCCACCACGACGACAGUCCGGGCACAGUCGUUGCGGCGGACGAAGUGCGGUACAUCACCAAGGACGAAGCGGUCACGUUUGUGUUUCCGUUGACGAUUCCGGCGGGCUCCAAGGCGACGUUGUCGUUGCAGUUCCACGGAAUCUUGAACGACAAGCUCAAGGGGUUCUAUCGAAGCCAGUACACGCAAGACGGCGAGUUGCGCACGAUGGCCGUGACGCAGUUCGAAGCGUGCGACGCGCGUCGAGCGCUCGUGUGCUGGGACGAGCCCGCGAUCAAGGCUUCGUUUCAGCUGUCGAUGGUGACUCCUGUGGACCGCGAAGCCAUCUCGAACACGCCGGUGCUGUCGACGCUCGUCCGUCCGUCCAAGUCAAACCCGAAGCGCUUGGAGAAGGUGUGGCAAUUUGACGAGACGCCGGUCAUGAGCACGUACUUGUUGGGGAUGGUGGUUGGCGAGUUCGACUUUGUCUCGGGCUUUACGAAGGAAGGGGUCGUCGUCCGGGUGUACACCCCCGUGGGUCGGUCGGACCGGGGCAAGUUUGCCCUGCGCGUGGCGACGCAGUGCUUGAGCUUCUUCACGGAGAAGUUUGGGAUUCCUUACCCGCUUGCCAAGCUCGACAUGAUGGCGAUCCCCGAUUUCAACGGCGGCGCGAUGGAGAACUGGGGCGUCGUCACGUACCGCGAGAUGCGCUUGCUGAUUGACGACCAAGCGAGCAGCUUGGCGCAGAAGACUGCGACGGCGCGGACGGUGUGCCACGAGUUGGCGCAUCAAUGGUUUGGCAACCUGGUUACGAUGGAAUGGUGGACGGAGUUGUGGCUGAAGGAAGGUUUUGCUCGAUUCCUAGAAUUCGAGGCGGUGCACGAUAUCUUCCCCGAAUGGAACGUCUGGGGAAGCUUCGUCCAAGACAUCACGAUGGCCACGGCUAUGCAGAAGGACGCGAUGGAGAGCUCGCACCCGAUCGAAGUCAUCGUGCACCAUCCCGACGAAGUGGACCAGAUCUUCGACGUGAUCUCGUAUGCCAAGGGGGCGUCGGUGAUUCGCAUGUUGGCCAACUUUAUCGGGGUCGACAAAUUUUACGUUGGCAUGCACAACUACCUGACCAAGUUCGCGUACGGCAAUGCCAAGACGGUCGACUUGUGGCAGGCGCUGGAGGCGGCGUCCGGUUUGAACAUUACCGCGAUGGCGCACACCUGGACGACGCAAAUGGGAUUCCCUGUCGUCACCGUGACGAAGGAUGGACCGACCAUCUCCCUGACCCAACAGCGCUUCUUGGCCAACGGGGCCGAGGACACCGUGAGCAAGUGGGACGUCCCUCUGACGUACAUCACGCCGUCGGCUGGUGUCCACAACGCCGGAAUCUGGGUGGCGUCCCAGCCAUCCAUUCGUUUGGACAUUGGCGAUGCCCCCUGGGUCAAGGUCAACGCUUCCCAAACGGGAUUUUACCUCGUCAACUACCCCUCGGAGCUCUGGACGGCCCUCGAAACCCCCGUCGCACAGCUUGAGCUGGACACCGUCGAUCGUGUGUCCCUCCUCCACAGCAUUUUUGUGCUCGCCCGCGCUGGCCUUGUCGCGACCACGGACGCGCUCCAGUUUUCUCAAGCGUACGCCGCCGAGCCCGAGUACUUGGUGUGGAAGGAACUGUCGGAGAACUUGGCCGUGUACUUGCGCUUGUUCAAGCACGAAACGUGGUUUCCUGCCUUCCAAGCAUACAUUCAACGGCUGUACUCGAACGUGAUGGCCCAGUUGACGUGGAAUGCUCUCCCGACCGACAAUGACUUGACGACCAACUUCCGCCGCGACGUGAUUGCGAUGCUGGCGGCGGCCAAGGAUCCGGCCGUCGCGGCCGAAGCCUCGACUCGGUUCCACGCGUCUCUUGCGUCGCCGUCGUCGCUGUCGGCCGAUCUGCGCUCGAUCGUGUACAGCAUCCACGUCCGCACGGCGCCCGACUCGGACGCCGCCUUUUCGCACUUGCAACAUGUUUAUGAAACUAGCAACUUCAUCGAAGAAAAGCUCGACGUCCUCGGUGCGCUCGGGCGAUUCUCGUCGCACGCGUUGAAGUCGCGUGCCCUCGAGUGGGCCGUCGCGAACGUCCGCAGCCAAGACAUCCAGUACGUGUUUGGCAGUGUGUCGGCGGACGGAUCGACCGUCGCGUGGGAGUACGUGCAGGCGCAAUGGGAUGCCCUCUCCGCCAAGUACUCGCAAGUCGUCGUCGGCCGCAUCUUGUGCGCGUCGAUUGCGAGCUUCCAAACGGAAUCGGAUGCGAGCGCGGUGGAAGCGUUCCUCGUCGGCCGACCCCAAGGCGCGUUUGCCCGUCCCCUGGCCACGGUUCUCGAGAAUAUCCGCACCAAAGCUGCCAUGUAUGCGCGGGACGUCGAGCCCUUGGCGGCCUGGAUUCAAACGUUGUAAAGCCGCCUUCUUCGUCGACAGAGCAAGCCAAGCCAACCGUAGUGCGUCAGCGACUCAGUCUAGAGUGUUCAGCUACAUUUUAUCAAGUAGUUCGAUGUCUUUCAUCGUUGCAUGCAGCUCUCCAUCUUUUCCAUGACAACUUCAUAUGCCA